UAACCGACGCAUGCGCAGAUAUUUUCCUAGUGUAUAUCCGCCAUUCAUGCAAGUCGAUUUCGUUAGUUCUGUGUGUUGAGCCUAUGAGCCUAGCAAAAGAACAAUGAUAAUAUUUAGUCACGAUCUUCCUACGUAAAACUUAGAAAAAGUGUUAUUCGAACGAUCAGUUAAAAAAUGCUGGUCAAAUAAUAUCUAAAAGGAGUAAAUUAAUUAAGCUGAGGCAGCAGAUAUCAAAUAUAUACUAUGGGGUCACUUUUGGAUACUCCAAAAACAGAUAAAUACAAUGAACAUGGUGCUGGCAAUGGAUUACGUUAUGGAGUUGCCAGCAUGCAAGGCUGGAGGAUGGAGAUGGAAGAUGCUCAUAGAGCCAUAACUGGUUUGAAAGGUGGUCUCUCGGAUUGGAGUUAUUUCGCAGUGUUUGAUGGGCACGCAGGUGCAUCAGUAUCAGCUCAUAGUGCAGAACAUUUGUUAGAAUGUAUAAUGCAAACGGAGGAAUUUAAAGCUGAAGAUGUAGCCAAGGGAAUUCAUUCGGGUUUUCUUCGAUUGGAUGAUGAAAUGAGAGAGUUACCAGAGAUGAGUUCUGGCACGGAAAAAUCUGGUUCAACAGCUGUUUGUGCAUUUAUAUCUCCCAGAAAUAUAUAUAUAGCCAAUUGUGGCGAUUCUCGAGCUGUACUUUGUCGAGCAGGAGAUCCAGUUUUCUCCACGCGAGAUCACAAACCUGUCUUACCAGCCGAAAGAGAAAGAAUUCAAAAUGCUGGUGGUAGUGUAAUGAUUCAAAGAGUUAAUGGAGCUUUAGCUGUUUCUCGCGCAUUGGGCGAUUAUGAGUACAAAAAUUUAAAAGAUCGAGGCCCCUGUGAACAGUUAGUGUCCCCAGAACCAGAAAUAUUUGUUCGAGAUAGAGAUGAUGAACACGAUGAAUUUCUAGUUUUAGCGUGUGAUGGUAUUUGGGAUGUAAUGAACAACGAAGAUCUAUGUAAUUUUAUACAUUCAAGGUUGCUGCUUACUGAUGACUUAGAAGCAGUUACAAACCAGGUUAUAGACACCUGUCUUUAUAAGGGUAGCAGAGAUAACAUGAGUAUAGUUUUGGUAACGUUUCCUGCUGCUCCAAAGCCAAGCCCAGAAGCUCAAAAAAAAGAAGCCGAGUUGGAAAUGGCCAUUGAAAGGAGAAUCAAAGAAAUAGUUGCUGAACAGAAGGAUGAGAAUGAAUUUGAUUUUUUGAAAUUGCUGCAACUUCUCAUGGACCAAGAUUUUCCUAAUUUACCUCCUGGUGGUGGUCUUUCAGCUAAACAACCUUUCAUUGAACAAGUGUUUCGGGAAGUAUGCCCCAACCAAGCGGAUAGUAACAUCUCAUAUUUUUUACACUAGAAGAGUAGAAAAACUGAUCAUUUAGUUUUAGAAAUAUAUCAAUAUUAUGUAUGUACAUAAAAACUGUGUCCAGGAAACUGUGUAUUAAUAUUUUAUACAAAUCAGUUUUAAAGUCAAGCAGUAGGAUUGUAGUAAGGAGGCCUUGAUUUUAGUUUCUUAAGGUAAUAUUGUACGUUAAAUUACAUUAUUUGUAUUUGACUUUAAUAAGGUAACCGAAUUUGAGGUAAAAUUAUUUAGUUAAUAAAUUUCAUAGAGUCUGGAAAUUUGUAAUUGUUCAAAACAGUACAAUUUAAAAAGUAAUGGAUAUAAAAAUUUUAUAUAAGUUUUAAGUAAAAAAAAAGAGGUGGAAAAUGCAAGUUUCAGAUUUUACUCAUCAUAUAAAUAUAAUGCAGAACAAGUAAGUAUUGUACUUAAGAUAUAUUUAUCAAACUAGUAUAUUAUUAAUCUUCUGAAAAUAUUAAAUAUUCUUGUAAAUAGAAUACUUAAAACGGUUAAUGAAGCGAUUUAUAUCAGGUAAUCAUACAUUUAUUUUCUUUACCUUUUCACGUGAUUAAUUUUAUACUUCCAAAAAUUCCCCAUUUGUUGUAACAUAGAAACUAUGUGUCAAGGCCAUCCUCAAAUAUAAAAAUCUAGCAUAUGUAUACCAAAGUAUAUAUUACCGUUCCUGGUUAAACAAGUCCUGAAAUUAACUAAAAUUAACAAUCUAUUUUCGUUUUAAAGAGUAAUAUAUUAAAGUAAAUAACAAAUUCCAUACAUAGAGUUAUCUUCUCUAUUUUUACUAAUAACGGUGUAUGGAAUAUAUAAAAGUAGUAAUAUAUUUUACUGGUACGCUAAAUCAUUUAUAGGUUUUGCUUAGACAUGAAUUAUCCCUGUGCACAUAUUUCAAAAUAUAAAAGUUAUAAUAUAUGGCUUAAUAAGUCAUAACAAGAUAUUGAAGAUAUACAAUUUUUUUUUUUCAUAUAGAAUUAAUUAAAAAUAAAAGUCAUGAAGUAGUUUAAUGAUAUUUAAUUCAUCAUGCCUUGGCUAU